AUGAAGUCGUCGACGAUACUGACGAUCUUCAGUGGUGUUCUCCACAUAGUUCUCGUUAUUCUUAGCCACAUCCACUUCUCCGACUACGGGAGUGGACGUAUCAAACCAAGUCGAUCAGCGCUCAGUAGGACCAGAGACGGUGGCGUGCUGCCCAUACCAUGUCAUUCUCACAACGAUUACUGGAGAGAUGUUCCGCUCUUUGAUGCUCUCGAUGCAGGAUGUAUAAGCGUUGAAGUGGAUCUUUGGCUCACUUCAGGGAGCGAUGAGCUUCGUGUUGGCCACCGCAAGGGUUCACUAACAUCUACUCGUACUCUUGAGAGCCUCUAUUUGGACCCAGUCGUGCGGCUGUUGGACCGCAUAAAUAAGAACGUAUCGCCCGGAAGCACUACAAUUGGGGCUUUUGAAAAGGAGCCCAAUCAAACCAUGAUCCUACUCCUAGAUUUCAAGACGGAUCCGAACGAUCUACUUCCUUUUGUAGAACAAGCCAUCGAGCCACUACGACGAAAAGACUAUCUCAGCUUUUGGGACGGCAAAGCAUUCAUCUCUCGUCCGAUUACCAUCAUUCUGAGCGGUAACGCAAUAGAUCUUUCCUCAACCAUGAUCAACGCAACUACGCAUCGCGAUCUAUUCUUCGACGCACCGUUAGACAAACUACCAGGGAAAACUCCACAAUGGAACGCAAGCAAUGCGUACUACGCCAGCACUUCUUUCAAAUCAAGCAUAGGGUUUCCGCGAAAUGGACGUCUAUCAAAAAGUCAAUUGAACAAACUUCGAUCUCAAAUUGAAGCGGCACAAAGCCUAGGAUUGAAAGUGAGAUAUUGGGAUACGCCUACCUGGCCUACAUCGCUGCGGAACUACGUCUGGCAGCUUCUGAUCGACGAAGGUGUUGAUGUGCUCAAUGUUGAUGACUUGUAUGCAGCGGCAUAUUUGGAUUGGAAGGAGGUUGGGCAUGAUUGGUUCGACAGCUGA